UGCAUUCGUGAGAAAGGUCAUGCAACUCGUCAAUGGCGGUUAUCACUUAGCAAACAAUUAAAUAUGAAUCGGAACUUAUUAAUAUCUAGCGCAUUUUACGAACUUUCGUAAACCUAGAAGAUGAUUAUAGUGAAACCGCAAUUUGUCCGCCACGAAGAUGGCAAGCCGAUAUUCUCGGUGGAUAUCCACCCGAAAGGAGGCCGCGUCGCUACCGGCGGUCAGGGUGGUCAAGGCGGGCGCAUUGUCAUCUGGAAUAUGAACCCAAUCCUUAAUGAAGCUGAUGAAAAUGAUGAAAAUGUCCCGAAACAAUUGUGCCAAAUGGAUAACCACUUGGCUUGCGUGAAUGUAGUCCGCUGGAGUUGCCAGGGACAUCUUCUAGCAUCCGGCGGGGAUGAUAAACUCGUAAUGAUCUGGAAGUUAACAGGUGAAGGAAGCUCCACAGUGUUUGGCAGUGGUGGAAAAGUAAAUGUCGAAACCUGGAAGUGUACACAAACAUUAAAUUCACACAAUGGGGAUGUGUUGGACCUUGCCUGGGCGCCGCACGACGGCUGGCUAGCAUCUGCAAGCGUUGACAACACGGUAAUUAUUUGGAACACACAGAAAUUCCCUGAAAAAGUUGCUGUUUUAAAAGGUCACACAGGAAUGGUUAAAGGUGUAACUUGGGAUCCAGUUGGAAAAUACAUCGCGAGUCAAUCGGAUGAUAAAUCUCUAAGAGUAUGGAGAACUGCCGAUUGGCAACAACAGGAAGUAGUGACUGAAUCUUUUGAAGAUUGUUCAGCAACAACGCAUGUGUUACGCCUGUCGUGGUCUCCUGAUGGUCAGUAUUUAGUAUCAGCUCAUGCUAUGAAUGGGGGUGGGCCCACAGCGCAAAUUAUUGAGAGGGAUGGAUGGAAACAAGAUAAGGAUUUUGUUGGUCAUAGGAAAGCUGUGACAUGUGUUCGUUUCAACUCGAAUAUCCUCAAGAAAAUCACCCCUGGCAGCCCGAAAACCCAACAAUACUGCUGUUGUGCGAUGGGUUCACGUGAUCGUUCCGUAAGCGUAUGGCUGACAUCUUUAAAACGCCCAUUAGUAGUCAUAAAAGACCUCUUCGACGAUAGUGUCCUAGACAUCUCAUGGAGCAGCAAUGGUCUGCACGUAAUGGCGUGUUCCUGGGACGGCACAGUCGCUUGUAUUAUGUUCGAUAAGAACAGCAUCGGCAUAACGCUCUCCGAAUCCGAAAAGGAUUCACUCUACGAACGCAUGUACGGUAAAUCUCUGCAGCGUAAUUUGAUGAAUUCCAGCUUUGUGGGCAGCCAAAUCAUUGAGAAUCCGGAAUUACUCAGCGCCAUGGACGAGUUGAAUGAUAAUAAUAAACAGAAAGAAGAAGAUCGCAUCACGAUUGAUAUUCCGAAAGUGGUUCCGCAGAUCCAGUUGGAAUCACCGAAGCCAGGGAAUGUUUUAGCUCCGGUUAAUCAACAAGUUGAGACACGAUUGCCCAGUGGAAAGCGGAGAAUUACUCCGAUGUGUUUGAAACCCGUUCCGUCAACACCAACAAAUAGUUCAUUAGAAGUACCAACCGUGCAGAAUAACACAUCAUUCAGUUCAUCAUCGCCUUCUAAGAGUAAAAUUGUCGUUGUAAAGGACGAUACACAACUGAGUACUAUUUCAUCGCGAGCUACAACACCAGUGCAAGCAAUAGCGGCAUCCUCAGCGGUGCAACAAGUCCAAAGAACACAAUUAGCGAUGGCACGACCACCAGGCGCACAAAUCACACAACUCACUUGUUGUGAAGUGCCCGGCGAUCAACCAAUCAUACAAUUUGUCAAUGUAUUGGAUCCACAGAAGAUGCCACCUGGACAAACUGUCACCAAACUUAACGGCGUUAUGAAAAUACAGAUUACCAAUGCAUGUGUGACAACACCAAAAGGCAAAUUAGCGCGCAUAGAAAUGUUUAAAACCGUCGAUGAUAAAUCCCCGAUGUGGGAGACUUAUCUAGGCUCACAAAUCAAAUGCGUUAGCUCAAGUCGCAAGUACGUUGUGGCAUGCUGCGAAGAUUUCAGUGUGAAUAUCUAUAAAGUCAAUUCAGGCGCGCGGGCAUUACCGCCGUUACUUAUCGAAGACACUGCUGCUGCUGUGUGUCAAAGUGACACUGACAAAUGCCUCGUGUUGACGAAAACUGGAUUAUUGCAUAUGUGGAAGAUUGAUACACAAACAUCACUCCUAAAUCGUGUUUCUCUCAGGAAUCUACUCACAAAUAAAGCUUCUGUGAGUGGUUGUUCAAUUUCCUCCACAAACAUGCCGAUUGUUACACUCUCCGAUGGCCGUGCGUAUACUUACAACCUGGAUUUGCAGACGUGGAUAGCCCUGUCGAAUCCUCUGGACCCGAUCUCACGCAGUGGCGGUAUUCUUGCGCGGUCUGUAGCGCCUACAUUGCCUCUGGCGUCUUUACAGAGACAAAUGCCGGUUGUUGCAUCGAAUGAUAGUUUACCACACAGCGUAAAACUCAGUUUUCUUGAGUGUCAGGUAGCUUCAAGCAUUGUUUUACAGUCGAGUGGAGAGUUUAAGCACUGGCUGCUUGCAACAGUUAAUCAUUUAUUAGAAAAAGGCCCUGAGGUGCGUAUUAGGCACAUUUUAGAUGAUUUAUUAGGGCCUACACAUCAAUCUGGACGUACAACGACUUCGAAUUUUAUUGUGGGUUUAUCGAAAAAGACACUGCUCAAAGAAGUACUAGAUGUAAUCAAAACCAAACUGCCAUGGCAAAGACUGUACAAAGAAUACGCCGAACAAUUUGCGCUAACUUCGUUUUAGGUUAUUAAGUUUUUUAUUUGAUUUUUUACAUUAUCUGUACCAGUGACUUGAUUACACUGUAAACAACUACGAAAAUCUACUCAUAUGAUCAUCAA